GAUCUUGAUGAGUUUCAAGAUCACACUUUUGGACAGCUUGUGGGUGACGCUAGAAGUUUUUAUUCAUUUGAAAUGUUCUUAGAAACUCGUAAAGAAAACGAAACCUUCAAGAAAUACAAUAAAGGAGGCAUGAAAUUAAAGAUAAUUGUGAUUGAUCUAUCAAUUGGUGAAGUGGCGGCACCAGCUGAACCAAUAAGAGCAGAACAAGGUUGGACUGUUGGAGAAUUAAAGCAAUAUAUAGGAGAAAUAUUCAAUCUUGAUCCUUCAUGUAUGAGGCUGGUCCUUGAGGUGUAUAAUGAUGGUAGACAUUUACCAAAUGAUGCUAGCUCACUAAAAGGAGAAGGACUCUACAGGAAGCACACACUAUUUGCUGCCUCUGAUUCUGAAGAUUAUGAGAGACAAUACAAAGAGAGUUCCAUAUACAGACACGUUGAAGCUCACGUCAACUCGAUACUACUAAACAUUACAAUGCCUCCUCUACAGGAACCCACACCAGCCCUUCAGCCUGAAGCCCUUCCCAAUCAACAGCAUUGUACAAUUCCUACAUACUUCAAACUUGGAG